AGGAGGAGGCGCCGCUGGGAGGGAGCGUGUGCCCCGAGCCGGGCCGGGCCGCCCGCCUGGGGACAGCGCUGCGGGCCGGUGUCGGGCCGGGCCAGACCCCGGGCAGCGUGUGGGAGAAGCCGCGGUCGCUGGGACCAGCCGAGGGGCGUCGGCGCGACCGAGAGAACCGGAGAGACUCCGCGGAGCGUCGCGGGGCUGGCAGCCUGGGCCGCCGCGCCCGCCCCUUCCCGGGCGUCUUGGUAGAGGAGACCCGCUUGCGGGAGGGAGCGAGAGGAGCAGGACCUUCGUGCUCAAAAGGUGCUGAAGAACUGAGUCCCCUGCCCACUGAGGCCACCUGAGGCCAGGUGGGGCCAUGGCAGGGCAUGGCUGUCUGGGGCUGGGGCUGUUCUGCGGGGUCCUGCUUGCUGUUCCUGUGGGCCCCCAGCCUGCCUCCUCCGUCCCACGUGUCUCUCUCACUACUUUGACACCACCACCUCAGAGUGAGGCCUCUAUGCUGUCUCUCAACCUGGGACUUAACUUCAAAUUCCACCUUCGGGGACCUGCUGCUGCCUGGGGGAGCCCUGUCACAGAGACCCAGCCACUGUCUCCUGGGCCCAGCCAGGAGCCGGAGGAAGAGGUGGCUGGUGGGCUGAGGAGUGACUCUCUUUGGGAACUGCUGAUGGGCUCCCUCGGGAACUACCCCCCAGAGUGGGGCUCUGCUGAGGGCAGCUCUACUCCUUGGACCUCCUCCCUGCCUCUAGAGUCCACAUCCCUCCUCACUGGGCCCACUGAUGGGCCCACUGCUCCCUAUCAGCCCAGGAUGGGCACUAUGACCUGGGACACUGCUCUGACGACUACAGCACCUCCAUCUAGUGCUCCCAGGCCCCACCAGAGCGAGCUGGAGCUGAGAUUUGAUGUGGCGCUGAGAGCAGGCGUGGCCCCCACACUGGGGCACCGAACACUGCCCCUGCUGCCCAGCCUAAGGGCCAGCCUGGCAGAGAUUGCUGGGCACCUGGGCCCCUUUGGGUUCCUUGGCACCACUCUGUCCCCAGUCCGGAACUUCUCAGGCCUCAGUCCCCCAAGCCCAACUACAUCCCCAAGCUCGGACUCUGGAGUUACGGAUUCUCUAGGGUUAUUUGGCACCACUCUCUCCCCACCUCCAAACCCCUUGGAGAAAAAGCUCCCAAGCCCACAUCUGUUGGAUCCAGCUGCUUCCCCAAGCUCUGUCUCAGUUGUAACAGCAUUAAUAGACCACCCCAGCAUUCCCACCUCUGUUCCAGAUGACCCCUCUCCUGCCAGUAUUGGGAACCCUUCGGUGCAACCAGAGUGUGGGCCAGGGUCCUGCAGCAUCGGAGAGUUGCCUGAACGUGAGGGGCAGCCUCCUGUGGCCCCGCUGCCCCUCUUCUUCCUGACCCUAGAGGCCGACUGGGCAGAGGCCAGGGCUCACUGGGGGCUGGCCUGGGAGGCCCAUGUGUACGGGGUAGGCACGCUCUUCGGUCUGGUGGCCCUGCUGGCGCUGUUGGCUCUGGCCCUCUUGCCCUGGCGCUGCCCACCCGGUGCCCCCUGCCUGGCGCUGCUGGACCUGCUCCUGUUCUCUGCAGGGACCACGCGGGCCUUCCCGCUCUUCUACGACGCCUAUGGGCACCGCGACCGGCUGCCCGUGCUAGUCUGGCUGCUGCUUCAGGACCUUCCGCUGCCCUGCCUGGCCGCUGGCCUGGGACUGGCCUGCCUGCUGCUGGCCCGGCCGCGCCCGCAGCGGUGUCCCGCCGGGCUGGCCGCGCUGCUGCUCCUGGGGCUGGGGCUGGCUGCCGCCGCCGCCCUCGGGAGCGCGGCCCACCGCCCGCUGCGGCUCCUGAGGCUCGCCUCCCGAGGGCUGCACGCCUUCCUCGCCACCCUCCUGUCCGGUCUCCUGCUGGCGCUCUCCUGCUGGGGGGGUCGGCGGCGGCGGGCUGGAGUGCCCCUGGGAGGGUCUGGCUUCAAGGGCGCCACUCCUCUCCCGCAGGCGCGCAGCCCCUUUGCCCCGCGGGAGUCUUGGCGGCGCGCGGCGCGCACUGCACCCGUGGCGGGCACCUUUGGGCUGCUGAGCGGAGCCCUGCAGGGCUACGAGGUGCUACACGCCCUGGGCUAUGGCGGCCAGCCCGGCCUAGAAGGGCCCUGGCCCUGGUGGGCCUUCCAGCUAGGCCUGCGCCUGGGCGAGGUGGGCGUCGCGCUCCCGUUGGCACUGCUGGGCCUCUACCCGGCGCUCUGCAGUCCCCGUGUGCCGCCGCGCUGCUGGGCCAAGCUCUUCCGCUUGUCGCCUGGCCACGCGGCUCCACUGCUGCCCGGAGGCUGGGCCCCCGGGCCCUCGGACAAGGAGCCCCUGGGUGCAGCCAUCGCGCGUGGCGACGCGGAGCUACUGCAGCUGUGCGCCCUGGCAGGGCCAGGCCCCGAUCUCCUACUCCAGGGAGGCGGCUGCCGGGGCUUCGAAGGCGCGGCGGCCAACUCGGUCCCUUCCCCGGCCUCCUCCCCCUGCAGCGAUUAUACCGUGGACUUCCGCCCGCCCUCCCCAAUCAACCUAAGGCGCAGCAUAGAGGAAGCCCUCUGCAGCGAGGCCCUGCUCGCGCCCGGCCUCUUCCAGGGCCCCGCGUUCGGGGAAGCCCUGCCUGGGCUCAGCCUCUACGGCACAUCCCCUCUGGGGGUGGAGACGGGGUCCCGGCCCAAUGGGAGGUCUGAGGAGGCCCCUGGCUUCCCCGCACCCCCAGAGCUCCCCUCUCCCGGGGUCUGGCCUGCGGGCAGCAGCGCCUCGUCCAGCUCGCUCUGUGGACUCUCCCGGGACAGCUCGUCCAUGCUGCUGUGCUCCAGCCCGGAGAGGCCCCCACGUUGUCCUCUGGUCUGCGUCCUUAGUCCCCCCGGGCCCUCAGGAAGCAGCCCAAGCCUCCCGGCCUCAAGCUCCUACCAGGCCCUGUCCCCACCCUCCCGCGACUCCCCAGAGCCUGCUCCUGAGCUGCAGGCCGAAGAGGCCUCGCUACAGGAGCAAUUCCUGGACGCCUGCCGACAGAUCGACGAGCUGAGUGUGGGCAGCGACACCAUAGACCUGUGACUGAGGCGGCACCCUCGCUGCCCUGCCCAUAUGCCCCCUUCUGGCGCCUGCUCUGCCUGAGACCUGCACACUGUAACCCUUCCCCAAUCCUGCCUGGCUCAGAUACCUCUCCCUGCUUCCUUCCCCAUCCAGGGGUCCCUGGGUGGGUGGGUCAGUAGCCAGGGUCUGUUGAUUGGGGAUUAGUGCCACCUUCUUUGGAGCCCUGGGUGCUGAUGCCCUCAGCUGCAGUUCUAGGCUGACAAGGGUCCCACUUUCCUUGGCAUUCACCAGCAAUAAAGCUCCAAGGUGCUCCACUCCUGACCGCCACUCCCCACUCUGGUGCUGAGUAAGAGGGACUGUCCUCAGAAGACCUUGGGAUCAGCCUCAGUCCCCAUGCCUCUGCCAUGCCCAGGAAUCCCAUCCCUGCGUGAGUGAGACUCCCUGUUCUCCGCAUAAUCCUUCCCCAGAGAGAGGUCCAUGGCCCGUCUAGGAGACCCUCUAGCAGUUAGGUGGGAAGUAAACACUUUCAGAUUUAAUUUAUCAAUAAAAUAUUUUCAGAGGAGAAGGGUCUGCCUUCUUGGAAAAGCUCAGGAGGCAAUGGAGCCGUGGUUCUGUCAGAAAUGGAGGAGAAGCAGCCUGUGGAUGGCGUGGGUCCAUCCCAAAUCUCAGUGACCUUCACUCCUGACUGUAAGAAGUCUUGUCCUGUGCUUGGGAUGAGUGAGGGUCCUCAGAGUGGCCCCUUGAACACCCUUCUGACUCUCUGGGAGGUGGCUUUUUGGAGAUGGACCCGGAUGCUGAAAGAUGAGGCAGAAACUCUACAGUCACUGGUGGAAAUGUCUGCAUUCCUAGAAGUCUGACUUCAGGUCCUAGGGGACAGAUGGCUAGGGCCUGGUUAGUGCUAAAGUCUUUCAUGGAACACAUGUCAAGGGCUUAAUUACCUUGAGCGGGAUCCCUAGCAAUCUCCCUGCCACAUUCCCAGAGGAAUUCACAGAGGCCUUUCUGAUGCACAGAGGAAACUGCCACCUACAAACAGGGUCUCUUCAAGGUUGAAUUCACCACCCCCUUUCCCUUGGGGAACACUCAUCUCCCAGAGGUGCAGAUCCUUCCUGAAGAAAGCCUGUCUUCCCCAACCCCAGCCCCAGCACCUACUGAAGCAGAACUCACAGUGCACAACCAUGAAUACACCCAGCCAGCAGGCGCUCUGUAAUCCCUGCCUUGUCCAGAGCAUUUGGCUCUGAGUUCUGUAGUGUGCAUUUGUCAUUUGGCUAAAACAUGCUAAGUUCAGAGUGGCGCUUAGAUGAAGUUUGAAAAUGAGAAUCUGGCAGUGUUGUGGCAGAUGUGCUGCACAUCCCAGGGAGACUGACAGGGGCAUAUAUACUAGGCUUGAAGAGGAAAAACAGUAAUAGAAGUAGUUCUCCUUCCAACUCUGCCUAUCAGCUCUUCGGAUGUGAGAAGGGAGGUGAGCAAGCUGACGGGGAAGCAAGCAGGGAGGCAGCGAGAGGGUGGGAUCCUCACCAGACCAUGUCCAACACACUAGUGGAAGAAUUAAAGCACUGCUCUCCCUGCACACUAUGAUCUGUCCUGAAUGAGAGGACUGUCCAGGGCCUGGGACCUUAGAAAGAGGAGGGGGGUCAGUGACAUUUGGAGGAGAGUGAGGGUCCUAGUAGUGAAGAGAAGCAGAGGAGGUUGGGUCAGGCACAGCUGAGAGAUGGGACUGGAGUGGUUCUGACUGUCUCCUCCAUCACCUGGCUCAGCCUGGCUCACAGAUUCUUACUGCAUUGUCACCCUGGGCUGAGGCCCAGAGAACUGCCAGCCUCCUAAU